AUGAACCUGUUUAAAAUAAUAUUUGUAUUUUAAAUCUGUAUUUAAUUAACUAAGUGCUAUGAUUCCCGUCUUUAAAAUGCUGAUUUACCUGUUUUUGAGCCAUUUCCUUUGGCAGUCGUUAAUCCAACUGUAAGUCUAUGUAAAAAUGGAUCUACUGAUGUAAUGGCUGUAUUUAAAUCUCAUUCAAAGAAUUUCUUAGCUUUAAAUCUUUAAUUAUGCGGAUUUGCAAUCUAUGAUGUCACAGACAUUACCAAUAACAUCCUCAUUAUAAAGUAGUUUGAGUUUUAACCUUAAAAAGGUUCAGUUCUUUCUUUGAGCAUCACUGAUUCUGAAAAUUAUCUAUGGGUUGGAUACACCACAGGACUAUUUGAAAUCUAUGAUGUUUAAUAACUCAAUUUUCCUUGUGUAUUGUCACAAAAUCUUACUAGCUCAAAUGGUAAUGAUAUUCUUAAUAAAGUUAUUUAAUUUUAGUAAUAAAAUUUGACAUUUUUAGCAUGUUAGAAUAACUUUAAAUUAGUAACUUGGCAAAAUAAAUAACUUAUCAUACAAAAAGAAGUAGAACUUUCUGAUUGGAACAUUGUUAAAAUUAGGUUUGUAUUUAAAUAAACUAUUCUCGCUGUACAAGGCUUUACUUCUCUACAUUUUUAUUAACAGUACAUAGGUAACUUACAGAAAGGUGUAGUUAAUUACAUGUGUUCAUUUAACCCAAGUUCUGCGUAUGUUCUAAGUUCCUUUGAAGUUAUAUAAGAUACAAUACUUGUUAUCUAAGUGUAACUAUACCAGUAUAUUAUGGUUGAUAUUUCAAUGUUCAUCUAAUCCUCUGAUGGGAAAAAUUGCGAUUAAUCUAAAAUAAAAUACCUUGAUACCUAUCCAUCCAAUCCUCUUGGUAAUAACUUUGCCCUUUCUAAAGAUCAAAAAUUCUUAUACACCUAAUAAAGUUCUAUUGGAGUGCUUAUCUUUGAUGUUAGCUAACAAAAACUAGAAAUAUUUUAAGUAAUAUAAACAAAAGGAACAUGUGGAGACAUUUAUUUAAGUGAUGAUGAAAACUUCCUUUUCUAUUCUAAUUGGUUUGAUACUAAAAUCUUUUAAAAAACCCAACCUAACUUGAAUUUAGAUAUUCCUAACCUCCUCUUAAAUUCAUAUUAAUUAGUCAGCUAUACUUUCUACAAGACUGGAAGCGGAAGCUUUGAUAAUUAAAUAAUUUAUGAGGAACCAUCAGAUAUUCUUUAUAUGACACGAAAGGAUCAAGGAAGCGCUAUUUUUAAAUACCAAGGAGAAGGAGUGUUGGAUUUAAUUUCUCUAGUAGAUAAUGGAAUACCAAAUAUUUCUAUAUCCUAUUAAGCAAGAGUACCAGGCACAAAUAUAUUUUAUCAAAGUCAAGAAAUAUUAGGACUAUAAAUAGUAGAUUAUUCUGAUUUAGCUAAUCCCAAGAUUUUGAAGACGAAUAUUAGCUUAGGAUUUAAAACUUUUAAGUUCGAAUAAAUAAUAUUUAAUAAAGCCGGAACAUUAGGUUUUGUUGCAAAUAUAAUAGGUGUAUUGAUCAUCAGCAUUAAAGAUAUUCUCAAUCCUUAGGUUUUAUCAUAGGUUAACACAUCUAAUUAUUUAGGAGGAGAUAUAAGUCUCUAUAAAUUCUCAUUAUCUCAUGAUGAAAGAACCCUUCUUCUUUUUCCUGAAUUUUAUGGCAUAGUAUUUGCAGAUAUCACAGAUCCACUUAACCCAUAUUUCCUUUUCAAAAUCUAUCUUGGAAACAUUUACUUUCUUUAAUAAACUCUGGAUAGUCAAUAUCUUGUUUGUGGCGUUGGAUAUCAAGGAGUUUUUAUUUAUAAAAUAAAUGAAGAUAGAAGCUUAACUCUACUUUCUUAAGUACGAAUACAGGGUGUUAUUUACUUUUAAUGGCUAAUAUACAAUGACAACUAUUUAAUAGUGACAACUGCAGAAAUUGAUUCGAUUAUAUUAGUUAGUUUAGUUGAUAAAGUGAAUCCUGAAAUCAUAUAAAUUAUCCCUUUAGCACUUAAUGAUCCAAUUUAUUGGCUGCUUCCAUCGUAAGACUAAUCAUUUUUAUUUGCUUCUGCAUAAAAAGCUCUAUACUAAUAUUUUAUCCAGAGUUAAAUUAUAAUUCACUCUUCAGUCUAUAAGCUAGUUUCAAUCCCAAACUCUAAUUAAUAUCUUCGUUAAUUGCUUCAAAAAGGGUAACCAUUCCAAGUAGGUGAUAAAAUUUAGAUUUAUUUAGUUAACAUUUAUUAGACAAAAGACUUGAAAAUAUAAGAGGCCUUCUACUAUUAAAAUUUUGUGAUUUAAGGUUUACCUAGUUGGAUGCAAUAUUCUCCUUCAGAUUAAGUUUUGAGUAUCUAAGCCUCAAAAGAAUCUUUGAUAGCAGAUGAGAAUGGGUAAUAUUUAUCUAAAACUCUUUAAUAAGUCAUAUUUUUGAGCUAUUAAGGAAUAGGUGAUGACGCAUUUACUAAUGCAAAUUUAAAUAUUAGCUAUGCUGAUUCCAUAAAUAUCAAAUAGGCUUGUGUGAGAGCGGGAUAUUUAGACAAAUCUGGUUUCGUUUCAACUAAUUAUUCACCUCAAAAUGAGUUCAAUUUGUUAGAUAACUAGUCCUAAUAAAUUCUGUAAAAGUGGAAUUAAACUUAAGAUUAAUAAGAGAAACUAAUUGAUUUUAUUUAAUUCACCUUAAACUAAAAUAUAAUAAAUUAUGUAAUUCAGUUUUACAUUCAGCCUUCAUUAGUAGUCGAUUUCACCAAUUCAGCUAACCCUAUUUCUUCUAACUAAAAUUAACUAAUUGUGACUCUUCAAGUAUCCAAUGGAUUGUUUGUAAAUAAAUUAUAUCCAGGUAUUUUAGUACUUAUAAAUUCUGAGUAGAAUAUUAUAUAAUUAUAAGGCUCUGUUUCUAGUGUAAACUCAGUAUUAUAUAAUACAAUAAAACUCUCCCUAAAAAAUGAAACUCUCUUUGCCUCUACUAAAAUAGAUGUGACUGUAGACGAUCAAAUAAAUUAUAAAUAUGAUUAAACCCUUUCUUUAAAAGAAGCCAUUUUUAUCUCUUUGCAAUCUCCUGUUUUAGUAGCUAAUUCUCUUCAAUAGGAUUUUAAUUAGUAUUACGAAAAUGGAUAGCUUGCUGUCCAGACUCCUUUUAAUUACAAAAUGAGCUCUUCUGUAUUUAAAUGCGCAGAUUCGACUUCGCUUUAAUUCACAGCAAAAAUAUUAUAAAAAAAUGGACAAUUUGAAGAACUUCCUCCAGGCUAUUGGUUAUCUUUUUCUUCUAAUGAAAGAACUUUAGUAGGAACUCCAUCUACUAACUUAUUUAAUCAGUAAUUUGUAAUUCAAAUAUAGGCUACAGAUGAUUACACAGUAGCAUAAGACCAAUUAAUAAUUUAGAUUUCAAUAGUCCCUUUUUUCCUUGUACUUUAAAUCAUCAUAUAAAUUAUUGGUCCUCUUUUAGGUAUAUUAGGAAUAUGGAAAUAUAGGACUAAAUUUUACAACAUUACAUUUAGACAUUUCUUAAUAUACUCAAAGGAAAUUGCGCACGUUUCUGAAUACUAUGAAAAGAAAAUAAUAAUCACUGACAAUUUGCUUGAAAUAUCUCUUUAACUAUGGAAACCAGUUUAAAGUUAACUUUCGCAGAAGUAUAUUUAAUCUGAAAUAAGCCAUGUAUUUUAGCUAAAUAAAAUUAAUGACUUAGUUUCAUAAAAUUAUAAUAGCAAUUUCUUAAUGAAAAAUGAUUCAAAUAUUACAUUUGUUUCCCAUCUCUAAAAUUCAGUUAAUCAUCAUGAUGAUUAAAAUAAUGACCCAGAGGAUCAUAUAGGUUUGUAAAUUUAGGAUAAAAGUAAUUUGAAAAAGAAAUAUUCUUUAAAUGACUCUGUAAUUUCAAAACAAAAUAAAAACCUUAGCUAAAGCAAAUAUGAAAUAAACCAAUCACCGAUUUCAAAUAAGAAAAAUCAAUCUUAGUAAGAUAAUUUUACUUCUAGCUUAAUGAGAUAAAUAACAUUUAAUGAAAGGAUGAGAGCAUAAUCAACCCCUAAAUAAAAUUAAAAUUAAUAAUUAUUUUUAAAAAACGGUUAAAUCAAUUAUGAGUAUAUCAGAAACUUAGCAAUUUAAAAGUACAAUAAUACAACUUAAAAGAAGGAGAAAAUUAUUAGCAAAAAUAUACUUAAAUAAUUAAAUGAUAAUAAAUCAAGAAUUUCUACUAUUUUGAGAUAUCUAGCUGUUGAGUAUUUCAUAGAGUGCUCUCCUAUCUGUUCUCAGAUUGUUAAUUUAUUGAAACAGAAAGCUCUCUUAAUAUAUAGAGAAAUAGAUUGGUACAGAGCUUAUGUAAGCACUUAAGUAAAUGAAAAGGUUUUAGAUACAAAUUUUCCCACAUACAAGCUCAAUGAAGAUUGCCUAAGAUUAGCAUUUUAAGAAAUAUCUUAAGAUAUGAUGAAAGAGUAAAUGAAAUAAAUAAAAAAUAAAUAAAACCAAUAAUAAAAUGAAUAGGAAAAUAAAUAUUUAAAAGAAGUACUAAUAUAUUUACCUCUUAUUGAAUAAUAUCUAUUUGCUGUUGCUCUUGGGAUCUCCAGUAAAAAGAGAAAGUUUUUUGAAGUAGCUAAAGGAGAUUGCUUCCAUUGUUAUUCAUUCUAGAUUCGUUCAAUUAAAUGCUAUGAAAAAACUGUUAUCUUUCAUUGCUGUGUUGACGCUUAAGAGAUUUUAGGACUUAACUAAGUUGAAAAGGGCUUAUCGGAGAAUUAGAGACUACCUGAAUGGAUGUAAAUUGAUUUUUAGAAGACAGAAAUUACUUUAAAAGGAACUCCUGAUUAAAAGCAUAUUGGUUAAUCUAGAUUUAAAAUAUACGAUCUAGAUGGUUAUCUUUUGAGAUAAUUUGACAUCUAAGUGUUACCAUCAAGAAAUCCAAAUAGUUAAAUAGAUUAAUAAUAAAAUCAAGAAUUAUAACAAUAUCGAACUGAUGAUAGUCCUAGAAAAUAAAUGCUUUUAAGUAAAUUUAACACUAACACAGAAAAAUUGAAUACCAAUUUUAAUUCAUAGUAGAACUCAUAAAUUUUACAUAUUCAUACUGAUUCAGUUUAAGAAUUUGAUGAAAUUUCUCCAAAUUAAAAUAAUCCAGAUAGGAUGAAAUCAAGCGUUAAAAAUGUUAACGAAAAAAACUUUAGACUCCUUAACUUUACUAAAAAUUCAUGA